AUGAAACCUGGUCGGAAGCCUGGUAGGCCUGCCAGGGCUAUUGAACAGCCAAGUGAGUACUACCGACCCAAGUUGAUACUAAUUCAAGUGUCAUCUCACCCUACACCCUCGGAUGUACGCCUACCUGCUGACAAGGAUGGCCCUGAGUACUGGAAAAUUCUGGUCAAGAAGUUGAAAGACAGAGGCCAGAUCGACGAAGAAAUCCAGCAACGGUCCAAUAUUGACUGGUUUCUCACAAACGAGGAUCUCUCUGAUUAUUUUAUGAAACUAGUGAUCGAUCCUGCCUAUGUUCCCCGACGCGGCGAAAUCGUUCUGUGGAUUUGGUCAGACCUAGACGGCUGUCUCAUGAACAACCCCAAUACCGGUUUGGUUGAAGUACUUGGAGAUGACAACAAAUGGCACGGCCCUCCUGAAUGGCGCGCCGGCGUGGUCACUCAAACCCCUAUUGACGAAGUCCACAUGGUAGAUAUUGUCGACAAUCCGGCUACCUCUCCAGAAGGGCUGAACAGCUCUGGAUUCCGCGUGGAGACAUUGCCAGAUCCACUGGGCAACGACAAGUCGUACUCUCGGCAGUACUCUUAUGUCCCAUUGCGCAAUAUAAAGCCUUUCAAUUCUUGGCAGAACUUCCUCAGAGGCCUAGAGCGAGAGAAAGUCCAUCCCUCUAUUGAAAAUGCCCUGUCUGUCAUGUCCUCCUGGAGCCUGGUUCAGAAGUUCCAUGCCAAGGGACGAUCUCCUUCGCUCUCCAUUUCAUGCAAAGGCAUCUUUAUCGGCGCCGAGCUUCUGGCAGUGCAUGACACAAUCCGCCUCAAACCGCAAGGCUACGAGUACACCCCGAACAAAGCUAAGGGAACCAGCGAAGUGACUGAUGUAAUGGUCAUUGAAGGAAUCAGUCUUCAUUUAGCCAACUGUGUCGAAGAUCCCGAUGAUGAGCAGCUUGCACAAAAAUACACAGCCUUGCUGAUAGGCAAGACAUUCACCACCGACCGCAACCGCGGUGUUCACGGUGGAGCCUUUGGCAAGAUUGAUCCCAAUCCUCUGAGCAGCGAAGAAGCAACCGCUACCUUCCGACAAGUUGGAAUGAGCGAUUACGGCCCCUGGUACCGUAUGGCCGAAGGCAAAACAUGCAUCAUCUCUCCGGACUAUGUUGUCGGUCGGUGCUACGAACCCCUUGCAGCUGAACUCAUGUUCGGCAAGCACACAUUCAGCUAUGAUCUAUCAGGCGUGAUGGAAGGCCGCAACUUCUCACAGCAGGUGGACGAACGCAUCCCGCUGGAUAACACCUGGUUCUGGGGCGACAAUCGUGUUGAAACAUUAGGUCUGACCGAGAUCAAUGGUACGGAAUGUGGAGUCUCAGCCUUCCAGCGUGAAUCCCCAGAACGGUGGCAAGCAUUGAUCAAAAUUGCCCAGGGAGAAGGUAGUGCCAAGCUUCGAAAGAUUGCUGGUAUUCCCACCUCCGCUGGGCGUCCCAAGAAUAAAGAGGUUGAUGCUGUGUCUCAGAGUGGCUUCGCCGGGGUUGCGUCAACCAGUAAAAUGGUUAGCUCCGCUAUCGGUGGCAUUACUCUGGAUUCGUCGAAUGACGAUAGCGAGAUGACCGAUGACAAUGCUGCUGCUCUUCAGCUCACAGAGUUUGAGCUUGCGCGAGCAGUGAAGAGUGACAGCGAGGAUGAAGAUUACGCGUAA